CGAUUUCCCGUCGUGCGCCGUUUUCGUGUCGUCGCCCGCCUACAGUAAUUUAAAACUGAAGACGAGUCAUAUUUCACUAUACGAGUAUUAAUUAGUACUCUUUACUUUCUAGCAUAGAUUCUAUGCUAUCCAACCAAGCCAGUUUGUUUUAAGUUUUUAAUUUUUAUGCCAAAAUGAAUAAUAACAUGGAGGACGCUAAGGACCUAAAAUGGAAGAUUAUUUUUUUAAUUUUGAAAGUAUGUAUUACACUAAUCACUACAUACCUGGUAAAUUAUUUAUUUUUAAUGAGAUAGCAUUUAAUAUUCUCAAUAAUCAAUUUUUAAACAUAGAUUUUAGAUUAUGAUAGAGAUAGAUUAUUUACGGUUAUUCUUUUUCGAUAACUUAGGAUUUAUUUGUUACUAUUAUUUUAACUACUAAAAUAAUUUUGAUAAAUUUAUUAGGCCUUUAAUUUUCCCUUUUAGUACAUGGUCCUUGUUUAUAAAAUACAAUGUUUAAUUACUAAAAAUAGUUUCUUAUGAUUUUAUAUUACUUGCAACAGAUUUUCAAUAUAAAUAUAUACAUAUUAUUAAUUUUAGUAAACUAUGUUAAGAGUGGAUGUCAUAACCUAGGUUAAUCAUAUAAAAUAAUAUAAUAUAUAUUAUAUAAAAUUUAGUCUUCUCAAAAUAAUUUAAACUAAAUACAUUUAAAAAUACAAAAAGAAUUGUGACAAUACUGUAAUAUGUAAAUGAUUUAAUUCUGUAUGUUAACUUUUUUAUUUUAUAGUUAUGACUGUUACACUUAUCUCCACAACAUAUUUGGAAUAUCAAAGGCUUAAUUCAAGUGUAUAAGUGAUUAUUUAUCUAAAGAGGUUGCAUAAAUCUGUUGAAGUGUUAAGAUAAUACUUUAAAGUUUAGAAAACAGUUUUUGAAACAUUGGAAAAAUUGUGUACUGGAUUGAUUGUCUAUUUUAUUAUCAUUUUGCUAAACAGUUUGUCCAACAAUAUUUCUGAAAUUUUCUAAGAAGCAUUAUACUUAUGACAACAUAGUAUGGUCUGCCGUCUGACAGAGUUAGCCUAUAUAACUAUAACAUAAUAAACACAAUUUCAGAUAUCUAAAGUAAUGAGAUUGUUUCAAAGUUGUACUAAAAAGAUUCAAAUGCUGACAACCCUCAUACUGAUUACUUUUGUAAUGACUGGUUUCUAUAUUCUUAUGUAUAGGAAGUUGGAUGAUGACAUGUUAAGAAAUAACCCAUGUCUGAAUGCUAUGUUACCAAAGAAAUACUCGACACUGUGAAGGACAUAUCUUGUACAUACAAAGAUAUAAUAUAUGUCGAUGAUCACACAUACAUAAUCGCAGAUGGUGUGAAAUUGUUCAACGAUGAAAAAUACAUAUUGAAUCAAACCGAUUAUUUUAAAGUGUCUUGUUUUGGAUAUGAUAAGAAAGGUUUUAACCUGCUAUCUCGUAAAUGGCAAGGAUAUAAAGCUGGUAUUCGCCCAAUGGCAACAUCUACAGACAUCUCGCCUGACAGCCUUAAUGUUCUCAUACUAGGCUUCGAUUCGGCUUCUUAUAACGGCAUCGUGCGUAAGCUGCCUAAAAGUUAUAAGGUCUUGGUUGAAGAGCUUGAUGCUGUUAUACUAAAUGGAUACAAUAUAGUUGGAGAUGGCACUCCCGACGCUCUUUUCCCCAUUUUAUCGGGAAAGCAUGAAUGGCAACACCCUAGGGCUAGGCAAAAAUUCUCGAAGGACAUUCAUUUGGACCCUGAUUUGUUCAUAUUUCAUACUGUUAAGCAGAAUGGAUACCAAACAGCUUAUUAUGAAGACAUGCCAUGGAUUGGUUCGUUCCAAUACCGAUACAAUGGGUUCAAAAAAGCGCCCGCGGACCGUUAUUUGCGUCCGUUUUUGAUGGAAGAAACAAAGUCCGGGUCCAAAUGGUGGCAUGGGAAAAAGGGCCGCUACUGCAUCGGCGAUAAGCCGCAGUAUAAGGUGUUAAUGGAUCUGACAUUGCAGUUCCUUAAUGUUCAAGCAAAGAAAUUCUGCUUCACGUUCAUAGCUGAUGUGUGCCAUGAUGAGUUCGAUCUCAUAUCGACCGUUGAUGAUGACUUAGUGGGCUUAUUAAGGCAUUUGAAGACGUCAAAUACUUUGGAAAACACCCUGUUUAUACUCAUGGGAGACCAUGGACCUAGAUUCUCACCAAUGCGAAAUACAUAUCAAGGGAAAAUGGAGGAACGUCUUCCGUUUAUGGCCAUACGUUUGCCGGAAAGACUGAAAAGGGAACGUCCCAAUGCGAUCUGGACUCUCCGGUCAAACGCCAAAGUCUUGACAACACCUUUCGAUAUACACACAACGAUUUUGGACGCAAUUGGACUGAAAGAUUACGCAAGUGAUUAUGCUGUGCCUAAUACUAAUAUUUUGCGGGGAUUGAGUUUGCUGGAACCGAUACCCUCCACUCGUAGUUGCGAAGACGCAGGAAUUCUACCCCAUUGGUGUACUUGCACUAAUAGCAAGUGGCAUGACGUUGACAAAAAGGAUCCCAAUUACUUUACAGUGGCCAACACAUUGUGCGACUAUAUUAAUAAUAUCACUUUGGAAAAACGAAGUCAGUGUGCGGAGAGGAAGUUAACGUCAGUAGAAUGGGUUAUAAAACGCGAUGGUCAGAGCUCGAAUACUUACGGGAACUCCGUCUACUACCAACUGGUUAUUAUAAUGAGCCCUGGCAGAGCGAUUUACGAAGCGACACUUCAAUAUCAUACCGGUAACGGCUCGUUGACGGUAACAGAUAACGAUAUCUCGAGGAUUUCUGCGUACGGCAGUGAACCAGCUUGUUUAGAUGACCGCAACCCAUAUUUAAAUAAAUACUGUUAUUGUAUAUAGCAAUUUGUCCUUAAUAAAGCUCUUAAAUAAU